AUGACCUCGGAUUCUCGGGGUUUCGCCUGGUGGAAGGACGCAUCGGAAAGUUUCGACACGAGAGUCGGUUGGUAUCUCUUCAAUUUGACAAACGCUGAUGACUUUAGACUUGGGGAAAAGCCGGUACUCGAAGAAAUCGGACCUUUUUGGUACAGGGUGAACAUAACGAAGAAAAACGUCGUCUUCCACGGCAACGGAACGACUUCCUUCGAAGAACACAGAGUCUUCUUCUUCGACAGCGCUAACAGCGUCUAUGAUCAAGACACGAACAUAACCAUUGUCAAUGUUCCACUUAUGGCUGCGUUGAAUAAGGGAGAAAAAAUGUCUGGUUUCGCCAGAAUGGCUCUCGGGUUAGCUCUCGGUAAUAUGGAAGAUGCCGAGAGACCAGUCGAGACAUACACAGUCAGAGAGUUGACUUAUGGAGGAAGACCGAAUACUCUCAUCGCAUUAGCUCACUUGACCGAAAGCAUCGAGACCUCGGUGUCAGACGAGCAGGACAAGAGCAAUCGUUUCGGCUUCGCCGUUGAUCAAAACGACACUAAUCCAGGGAUAUUCAACAUGUAUACGGGUGAGACCAGUAUCAAGGAUCUAAACAGGAUCCAUUCGGUGAACGGAGAACACAUUCGGAGGAUUUGGCAGGAGCCUAAGUGCAAUGUCGUCGACGGAACAUUCGGUACCCUGAAGCCUCCCAUGGACGAGAGCGGUAGCACGCGCAUCUACGUGCCGGACAUGUGCCGCACAAUUACGACUCGGUAUCAGAGAGAUGUCGCAUGGCACGACAUUCGCCUUCGUCGAUUCAAUUUGACAAUCGACAAUUUCCAAAGCUCUGAGGACAAUCCAGAAAACUUCUGCUACGACAGGGAAUUCCGUCAACCUUCAGGCAUUGCUGAACUUGCACCUUGCAAGAAGGGGGCCCCCUUGUUCAUAUCCCUUCCGCACUUUCUCCAAGCCGACCCUCUCUUCGAGUCCCGAGUCACCGGAAUGAAACCCAACGCAUCGAAACAUGAAUUCAUCAUUGACCAUGAGCCAACGACAGGAAUGACAGUCAGAGUCCGCGGACGUAUACAGGCCAGCAUUUUUAUAAUGCCCUCGGAUCUGAUCGAAGCAGCUGAGAAUCUCCCGAAGGUCGUUCUGCCUCUUUUUUGGCAAGAGAUGUACGUAGAGGGUGGACCUACCAUUGUCGAAUUCUUGUCCAUGAUCGAUGAUUACCUGAACGUCGCCACAUUGGUCAUCAAGGUCCUAGCAGUUCUGAGUUUCGCCAUGGCAAUGAUCGGAAUCGCGUUUCUCGUAGGGUGA